AUGGACCCCACCGAUCCGAGCGUUCAGAAGCAGCUGCAGCAGCAGAUGCAGCAGCAGCAGCAGCAAGAGGAGAAACGCAAGUGGGGCAGUCGAGGAGCAGAGGAGGAUGGCUAUGAGGUCACUGCUCUCGCCCGAGGCGCACGAACGCCGUACGUUGCAGGGGUCGCGCGUAUUCACCUCGUCAAGCCACAAAAUGCGGUUGCCGCCGAAAAUUACAUCAUGCAGGGUCAUACUUACCUCUGUGUUGGUCCUUAA